CGGCUUCAUAUUCGUUCCUUCCCUCAACAAACUUUCUUCAAGAAAACCAAAAAAAUGGUGUCCAAUUCCUGACAAAAUUAGAUCCGAACAUCACUCAGAUUUCCAACAUUGAUUCAUUCCCAAUCACUCCCUUUCUCCAAACCCUUUUGAUCAGAUUCAGAGUUACUAUCCAUGCUGCUUCAGCCGGAGAAGAAGGUGAAAAAAAUCCGGCAAUGGUGACCAAAAUCAAUUCCCAAAAAACAUCACACACUCCCACAAAAGCCAAUAUUGUUUCAGAUCAGAUUAUGAUGAACUCCGCUAAACGAUACCCAUCAGGCCUAAACAGCCUCAGGAGUUUUGUUACUUGGUUAUUCGUUGUUAUAUUGACUGUUUAUGUCUUGUAUUCAUCAAAUUUGAUCUUCAAUAAUAAUAAUCAGCAUGAUUGCUCAUUGCCAUCUUCUUCUGAUAUAAUCUCAACAAAAGAGAAUCUUGAUGAUUCCCCUGCAUAUUUAUCAUCAGGGAGCAAUAAUAGUGAUAGUAGUAUUAAUAAUUCUUUAGCCACCAGUUUUGCCAACACAAGCAGCAGUACUGAUCAGAGGGAAAUUUUGGAACCUGCAACGCCGGCGAGGCUGGCUUUCCGGGAUGAUACAGAGCUCAAGCACAUUGUUUUCGGCAUUGCGGCUUCGUCGAAUUUGUGGGAUAAGAGGAAAGAAUACAUUAAGAUAUGGUGGAGACCAGGGGAGACUAGAGGGGUUGUUUGGUUAGACAAGAUAGUGAAAACUAGCAGGAAUGAGGCCUUACCUGAGAUUAAGAUUUCAGGGAACACUUCACAGUUCGAGUACACGAAUCGCCAGGGGUCGAGAUCGGCGCUGAGGAUUUCCAGGGUGGUUUCUGAGACAUUGAGGUUGGGAAUGGAAGAUGUGAGGUGGUUCGUGAUGGGAGACGAUGACACGGUUUUCGUGGUCGAAAAUGUGUUGAGAGUGCUCUCAAAGUAUGAUCACAAUCAGUACUAUUACAUUGGCAGCUCUUCAGAAAGUCAUAUUCAGAACAUUUUCUUCUCUUAUGGUAUGGCCUAUGGUGGUGGUGGAUUUGCCAUUAGUUAUCCAUUGGCAAAAGAAUUAGAGAAGAUGCAAGAUCGAUGCAUUCAACGAUAUCCCGGACUAUACGGAAGUGAUGACAGGAUUCAAGCUUGCAUGGCUGAGCUAGGGGUUCCACUCACCAAAGAACCUGGAUUUCAUCAGUAUGAUGUGUAUGGAAACCUAUUAGGCCUUCUUGGAGCACAUCCAGUAACUCCACUGGUUUCACUGCAUCACCUUGAUAUAGUGGAUCCAAUAUUUCCAGAAUUGAACAGAGUUAACAGUUUACAACGCCUUUUUCAAUCCGUGAGGCAGGAUUCUGCCAGCAUUAUACAACAGUCCAUCUGCUAUGAUAAGAAAAGGUAUUGGUCUGUUUCGGUUUCAUGGGGCUAUGUGGUUCAGAUCAUCAGGGGAAACAUUUCUCCCAGAGAGCUAGAGAUGCCCACCAGAACAUUCCUUAAUUGGUACCGAAAAGCGGAUUACACAGCGUAUGCUUUCAACACUAGGCCAGUUACCAAACAUCCAUGUCAGAAGCCCUUCUUAUACUACAUGUCCUCAACCAGAUAUGAUAGAGGAAGGAAGCAAAUCAUCGGGAUUUACACGCGUCAUAGGGAGUCUUAUCCUUAUUGUAGGUGGAAAAUGGAGUCACCCGAAAGGAUUAAUUCCAUAAUUGUCUUGAAAAGGCCGGACAGCACCCGCUGGCAAAAGUCACCACGAAGAGACUGCUGCAGGAUUUUGCCAUCAAAAAGAAAAACAAAUUUGUAUGUCUGGGUUGGGAAUUGCAGAACAGGUGAAGUAAGUGAAUUGUAGCAUUGCAGGCCAAAGGCAAAAACAACCUCUUUGUUCCUUCCACCAGAAUGGAGUAACAAAUUAACUCCGAUGAUUUUUUCUGGUCUAACUGAGGGGAAGAUUUGAAGUUCCAUACUUUCACAACAGCAGAAAGCUUGCAAGCAGCAACAUUCAAAUGAAAACUCAUGCAAUAGAAGAAGAUUAGGCUUAGAUUCUAGAUAGCACAAUAAUUUUUUUCAGAGUGUAAAUCAGAACAAAGGCACAUUUUUCUAUCCAUUUCACCAAUGAUUAUUAUAUGAUCAUCACUGCUACUUCUGAAACAAAAGAAACAACAUAAAGCUACCUCCACCAAAAGGGUUCUCAAAACAGCAUAAAACUCUUGAUAUUACUGAUAACGCCAAAUCAGUAUCUCACAGAAAGCUAAAAGUUAUCCAUUCCUGAAUGAGGGUUUUUGAA